GCAAAACAAUACAGAUCAAGCUCCAUUUAUGAUACAACGCAUCCAGACGCGAUGCAUGAAGAAAACACAAAGAAGAAAACAUCUGAUAAAAAGCACCGCAAAGAACGAGAAGAUGUUGAAGUUUUUGAUUCUGUCUAUGAAAACCUGUGAAUGGAUGAAGGAAUGAUUUAGUUAAUUCAUUUGAUUUAUGAAUACCUGCUGGAAUGACCUUAAUGUCAAUUUUUUAUUUUUAUAAUGUAGUAUUUUAUGGGCCAGUAUAACAUAAAAUAAAUACAAUCUGAAAACAACUGAAUAUGUGUCGUUUUCCCUCAAACUCAUCAAGCCUCUCACCUUCUUCCAUAAAAAGGCGGAGGUAGGUUUAUCUGUGAAAGUCCCGCACUUACGCUGUGUAAACCAAUCAAAACAUCUUCAGAUGUGUGCAACCAAUAGGAACACUCGAAUCCGCACUUCCUGUCUGUUCGCUCCUCCUCUUGGAAGUGUCAACAAUGGCAGCCGAGGGAGAUUUUCUAACGCGCUAUCGGGCGGUGUCAAAUAAACUGAAAAAACGUUUUCUCCGGAAGCCUAAUGUCGCCGAAGCAAGUGAACAGUUCGGUCAGCUGGCCAAGGAGCUCAAACAGCAGGACUGUCCUCAGUAUGCUGCCUUCUGUAAUCUCGCCAUGGCCCGCUGUGAGCAGACCCUGUUCAAUGCUCCAGGAGAAGCCCUGGCAUUGACUGACGCAGCCAGACUCUUUCUGGCCUCAGAACAGGAGACCAGAGCACUGAGGGCUCCCGGUUUCGAUGAGAAUAUGCAGGCAGCCAUGAACUGCUAUAGUUUUGCUAUUAAGGUCUAUAUUGAGAUGAAUCAGCCUGUUAUGGCGGCCAGUCUCUCACUGGAGCUUGGCAAUGCUCUGAAGGAGAUGAACAGACCCGGGGAGGCGAUAGUUCAUUUCCAGAGAGCAGCAGAACUGCAGAUUCAGACUCCAAUUGAGGCCCUGCUGUCACUGUGGGAAAUGGCCUCCUGCAAAAUACUGACCCGUGAUCAUGAUGGCGCUCUUGCUGUUCUCUCUGAGAUGCAGCACAUGUGCCAGGAAAGAGGACUACAGCUACCCGGGACAAACACCCCUGUCGGAGCAUAUAUGGAUAUCAUAGCAAAGUGCGAAAUCUCCAGGGUAUUACUUCUUAUGUUGCUUGAGCCUCCCCCUCAAAAGCUGUUACCCGAGCACGCUCAAACACUAGAACGAUAUGCCUGGGAAUCCUUCGACUCACACAGUCAGGUAAACUUCCUUCCAGAAAAUGUGUUCCUCCUCCUGCAGUCGGUUGUGAUGGCCUGUCAGGAAAAGGAUACAGAAUCUCUCAAGGCUCUCCAGACAGAACUAUGGCCUCUCCUUUCGGCAGAACAGAAUCAUCUCCUCCACUUAGUGGUUCAGGAACGAAUUACACCCUCCGGUCAGGGCAUAUGAUUCAGUGCCAUACACCCCCACAAAACAGUUCUUAUUGGAACAUUCCUAAGCCAGUGCCUUGUGCAUUUUGCAUGAGGACUGUAGAAGGUCACUGAACCUAGCAGAUCCGUACAUACACGUAUAAAAAUGUCUCAAAUAACAGAAGGUUUCUUUGCUUUUGUGAUAUGAAUGUACAAUGUAUUCCCCAUUUUCAUAUAGUGGUAAGAUAUUGUGUGAAAGGGGUAAAUGAUUAUGUUGAAGCUUAUUUAAAGUUGUAAAGUAUUGAUGUUGUAAAUAAUAAAAUAACAAGAGAGAUUCUCAA